AUGAGCGACCCCAACGCGAGCGAGGCGGAGAAGAACAUCGAGAUCUGGAAGGUGAAGAAGCUCAUCAAGCGCCUCGAGGCUGCGCGUGGAAAUGGCACCAGCAUGAUUUCUUUGAUUAUCCCGCCGAAGGACCAGAUCUCCCGUGCGGCGAAGAUGUUGGCUGAAGAAUACGGCACCGCAUCGAACAUCAAGUCGCGCGUCAACCGCCAGUCCGUCCUUUCCGCCAUUACCUCGACCCAGCAGCGCCUUAAGCUUUACAACAAGGUCCCGCCCAAUGGCCUGGUCGUCUACUGUGGUGAAAUCCUGACCCAAGAAGGGAAGGAACGCAAGGUCAAUAUCGAUUUCGAACCGUUCAAACCGAUCAACACGUCGUUGUACCUGUGCGACAACAAGUUCCACACGGAGGCUCUCGCCGAGCUGCUCGAGUCAGACCAAAAGUUCGGCUUCAUCAUCAUGGAUGGUAACGGGGCGCUGUUUGGUACCCUCAGCGGCAACACUCGCGACGUCGUCCAAAAGUUCUCGGUCGAUCUCCCCAAGAAGCACGGUCGUGGUGGUCAGUCGGCGCUUCGUUUCGCCCGUCUGAGAGAGGAGAAGCGCCACAACUACGUCCGCAAGGUUUCUGAGCUUGCGGUGCAGAACUUCAUCACCAACGACAAGGUCAACGUGGGCGGUAUCGUGUUGGCCGGUUCCGCCGACUUCAAGAACGAUUUGAACGCUUCCGACAUGUUCGACCAGCGUCUGCAGGUCAAGGUCAUCAAGGUCGUAGACGUGUCGUACGGUGGCGAAAACGGCUUCAACCAGGCUAUCGAGCUGUCUUCCGAGACGCUCGGUAACGUCAAGUUUAUCCAAGAAAAGAAGCUGAUUGGCAAGUACUUCGAGGAGAUCAGCCAGGACACGGGCCGCGUCUGCUACGGCAUCGAAGACACGCUCAAGGCUUUGGAACUUGGCGCGGUGGAGACGCUCAUUGUGUUUGAGAACCUCGAGAUUACACGAUCCGUGCUCAAGGACAGCAACGGCAGCGAGAUCAUCCUCCACACGACCAAGCAGCAGGAGCAGGCCAGCCGCGAAAAGUUCAUGGACCGGGAAACGGGCCAGGAAAUGGAGGUGGUGACGCAGGAGUCGUUCCUGGAGUGGAUUGCGGAGCACUACAAAGAUUUCGGCACGGCGCUCGAAUUUGUUUCGGACCGUUCGACCGAAGGGAACCAGUUCGUCAAGGGAUUUGGCGGUAUCGGCGGCAUUCUCCGGUACAAGGUCAACUUUGAGCAGUUAGCCGAAGUAGACGACGAUGAUGACUACUACGAUGAUUGA